AUGGCGGAGGAACAGAAGAUAGCGUUAGAGAAAGAAUCUCCGGUGACUCCAGCUCCUGCUGAGGUUCCGGAAGCUCCAGCACCAGCCCCGAUUCCGGCUCCAGCUCCGGUUUCAGAGGAGGUCUCAAAAGACGUUGUGCCGGCCGAGGCCGCAAAAGACCUUACAGAGGAGAAAAUCCAAAACCCACCUCCGGAGAAUAUUUCUGAUGACUCCAAAGCCCUUGCCAUCGUCGAGAAACCUGUAGAGCCUGCGGCGAACAAACCUUCUGCUUCUUUCGACAGAGAUGUGAAGCUAGCGGAUUUGUCGAAAGAGAAGAGAUUGUCUUUUGUCAGAGCAUGGGAAGAUAGCGAAAAGAGCAAAGCAGAGAACAAAGCUGAGAAGAAGAUCUCUGAUGUUCUUUCUUGGGAAAACACCAAGAAAGCAGCUGUCGAAGCCCAGCUCAAGAAAAUGGAGGAGCAACUAGAGAAUAAGAAAGCAGAGUAUGCAGAGAGGAUGAAGAACAAAGUUGCAGCGAUCCACAAGGAAGCAGAAGAGAAGAGAGCAUUGAUUGAAGCUAAGCGUGGAGAAGACAUUCUUAAGGCAGAAGAAACCGCUGCUAAAUACAGAGCCACUGGACUUGUCCCAAAGGCUACUUGUGGUUGUUUUUAA